AUGAAAUCGCUGCAGGCACAUCUCCCUCCAUCACAACAUCGGCAGACAAUAGAGUUCAUUGUAACAGAUGUAGGAAAAAACCCGUACGGUGUCGGAAUGAACAAGGGAAGGAAUGGGCGACACUCGAUGUACGGCAACCCCCAAGGGUUACCGGGACUCCCCCAAUCCCGGUACAUGCCUCUGGGGUCACAAAUCCCCCGCCCGCCUCCCCGGCCCCCGGCUCCACGCCCCCCUCCCCCCCAGCCCCCGAUGAUGUCCAACCUGCCGCCACAGCCGUCGAUUCCGCAGCCGGACCCCAUGGUCGGACGUAGAAUAGACAUGCUCGAACAGCGUCUCAAUGCAACAGAGCAGAGCAAUCGUACGUUACUUGACGAACUCAUGCGUCUGCAACAGGAAUUGAAGAUGAAUGUAAAAAAGAACGAAAUGGGAUUGGUCGAGGAGAAGGAGGGUCGGUCCCGCCUUGACGCCGCCUUCCGCCAAUCACAGAACAAGACGUAUGAGAUGGAGGACAGGAUUCGUCGGUGUGAGGACGGGAUUAAGGAAACUCGGAAUGCCAUACAACAAAUGACGUCACACACGAAAAGCAUCGAAAUGGCCCUCAAAUCAGCCGAGCAGGAACAGAUGGAGAGACGUGGCAACAGCGCUCAGAGACUACAAGAAUACCGCCACGAAGUCAUGAAGAUGAACCAGAGCAAGGAACAGCUGGAGAGACUCGUUUAUUCCAUGAGAGACGACGUCAGGGAGGCCACGACGCGGGUGGAGGGGCUGACGCAGGAGUUGGGGUCCCUGGAGUCCAACGUCAAGAUGCAGGCGAGGCUGAUGGAGGAGAGCAACAGCAGGAGGAACACGCCGCAACUCGCCCUCCCGAAGACGCCCGUGGAGGACAGCGGCAAGAUGACGGAAGGAGUUCGUCUCGCGCUCGAGGGGAAAAUGAUCCAGAUGAACACGCUGAUCCAGGACCUGACGCAGAGAAUCAACAUGGAGGCCAAAAAGAGAGAGAAAGUGGAAACGGACGUCAAUAUCAGGAUCAACGAACUCCUCGAGGACUACGGCAGCACGAAGGUCGAGAAGGACCAGGAGAUGCGGGAGUUCGACGACAAGAUGAAGGAGCUGCAGGCAGGAUUCAGCGCCAGCGAGAAGCAGAGGAUCCUGAUGGAGAUUUCGUCGGUGGCGCAGGAUCUCAACACCAAAAUUGACCAGAAGGAAGCCAAACUCCGCGACGACACAGUGAAUAAACUUACGGUCAUCGAGAAAACGCUAACUGAGGAGAACCGAAGAAGAGCCGCUAAAGAAAAGCAAUUACAAGAAAGCGUGGAUAAACAGAUGAAGGAAGCGCAGAUGAGGGAGAACGACGGGACGGCAGCACUCAAGAAACAUAUGGAGCAACACGAAACUCAAGUCAGGAACAAGCUUGGCGAGAUGACCACGACGAUCAACGCCCUGGAAGCUGACGUGAAACAGUACCAACUGGAACAGGAGAAGGUUAUGGCUGCGGAGAUCACACAACGACAAAACGACAAGAAUGUCCUAGAGGGCAAAAUCGAUGACCUGGAGGACAGACAGAGGAGGGGCUUGGCGUCGCUGCAAUCGGCCGUUGGUGACGUGGCGGCCAAGAAGAACGCGGGCUCCAAGUCUCCGGAUUAUGACGAGAUCCAGCGCCUGCAGAGCGAGAACGCCGACGGCAUCCGGGAGCAGGUGGCGAAGGACGUGGCGAGGAUCGAGGGCCGCCUGGGCACCGUGGAGACGAAGGUGCAGCAGCAGGAGCAGAGGAUGGAUAAUAAACUGCAGUCGCUCCUCCUCUUCAAAUUAACCCUCCCUCUGCCUGUCCCUCUUGCCUCCCAGGACACCCCAAAGAACGUGACAAACCUGAAGGAGGAAAUGGAGGACAUGGAGCAGCGCCUGAGCAAGAAAGUGGACCAAGAGAGGAAAGAGCGAAUGGACGACGUGUCAGAACUUCGCGCCGAUAUCGAUAAAAUUGUUGGCAAGAACGAGAGCGUGGGAACCGUGCCGAGCUUGGCUCGUCUCAACCAAGACGUGGAUGAGACGCAGACGGGCAUGAAGAAACUGGCGGAGGCGGUGCACGUGGUGAAGAGCUUCCUGUCAGACAAGAUCAAGGACGAGAAGAAGACGCGGGUGCAGGAGGACACACUCCUGAAGAGGGACGUGGAACGACUCAACACCAAGUACUCGGAACUCAGCGAUAAGAUCAGGAGUAGCGCUUAAGGUGUCCGAGCGAGGGGACUCUUUCAAAGUAUAAUUUGUCUGUCUGUUUUGCGAUUUACUAAGGAGCUGGUUUUCAUUAUCGUCUCGUGUUUGCUUGUUGACUGAUUCAGCAUUUUGAUUAUUGUAUAUGUUUGUAAAAUCUUUUGUUUAUUCAUGUAUUUGUUUCAAUCUUUCCGUUGCAUUUACUAUUGCGGAUAUUUUUUUUCUUUACGGUGCAUCUAAUCAUUUUUCAGAUUUUACCAAGGAACUAUUUCUUUCAUUUUAAUCUGGUUCGACUUAACUGUGUUUACUAUUGCUACGCAGACCAUCUUGAUUACCUCUUUUUGCUACUUCGAUUAUAGCUUAAGCGACUAACAACACGGUUCUUUGUGUUCAUUUCAGUCCCUGUAAUUUUCCACAGCCUAUGUUCGAUUUAUUUUGAAGUCACUUAUAAUUUUAUCCCUGUUAUAUAGAUAUAAACUGACCAAGUGUACUGCUAAUGAAGCAAUAUAAUUUAUAGAGAAAAUAUCAUAUCAAAGAGAGUGUACUAGAGUAUUUUACAUAAGUCAUUACUGUCUACUUUUGUCUAUUUUCUCCACAAUAAUAUAAGGUUCAUAAUCAAUGAAACUCGGGUACGUCUUUCGAUCUUAAAGUCGUUCCUUGAGUUAUAUAGUCUUGGAAUAAGUAGAUAUGAUGAUAGUCGACAUUAUUUUCAACGACAAAGAAUAAAAUUUGCGGUUUGUUGCACUUUUCAAGUAUUUACUUGAUAAAGUAUAAAGACUUGUUACAUGAUGAAGUUAUGGAGAAAAAAUCCUGGUUUCGAAUGUGUGUUUUGUCUUAUUGAUAUUGAUUAGCCAUGUAUACUGAAUUGAAUAGCUAAAUUUUCUGAUAGAUAGAUGUGUGUCGAAAUAUCUGCAUAAUCAGGUUAAAAAAUAAUUAAAUUCACAAAUAUGUGCUGUAUAUGCAUACGAAUGCACACACACUCACACACAUAUAUAUGCGUUUAUUUGUUUAUAUAUUUAUGCAUAAGUUACACAUAAAAAAUACAGAUAUUUAUAGAAAAAAAUAAUAAAAAAAAUUUAUCCAAGACAAGAAUCUGUGAUAGUCCACGGUGAACGCACAACCGAUAUAGAGAACGGGUGACUCUUUUUUCUGCUGGCUACGAAAAAAGCUGAUUACCUGCCAUGUAUAUUCUUGAUACCUGUAUUCCUGCUGGAGGCAAACUGUGCUCGUUUUCUUUGUAUUUACCAUCAUUUGUGUAAUGAUUUCUGUUUCCUUUUACGAAACAUGAACGUGAAAUGAUGUCAGUAUGUGAUUAGCUGCUCAAAUAAAGAUAUAAAGAGGA